AUCACAAAAACAUUGCGCGUUUUUAAUGAUAACGUAAAGGUGACUCGAAAUUCGAAAAUUACUUUUUCAAAUGUUUCAUUUUAAAUUAUACGCUCAGUAAUGCAAAAAGUAAAUUUUAAGGCAAGAUAAUGAAGCUCCCCAUUAGUAUAAUUUUCAGAAAGAAAAACUACAGAAGUAAAGCUUUCCUAGCAGCGUUUAAUUGCAUCCAUCACCAGCUCAAGUAUUCCAGUUACCUUACUAAAUCUGUAUUUGUAUCCGAAAGUAACGAUAUCUUCGCCAAUCUUGCAUUAGAAGAUUGGUUCUAUCAACAUUAUGACUUCACUCAGCAUCAAGUUCUAUUAUUAUGGCGAAAUAGAAAUUGUGUAGUUGUAGGAAGACAUCAAAAUCCAUGGCUGGAAACUAACCUGAACUCCAACGACGAUUUAAUCGUUGCUAGAAGAAACAGCGGUGGAGGAACUGUGUAUCAUGAUAUGGAUAACUUGAAUUUAACCUUUUUUACUCCUCGGGAUUUGUACGAUAGAAGACAUAACUUGGAGAUCAUAACGAAUAGUGUGAAGAAAGAAUGGAGUCUCGAUUGUGAGGUCAAUUCGAGGGAUGAUAUCGUUUAUGAAGAGUUUAAGAUUUCAGGGACUGCUUCUAAAUUGAGUAGAAAAAGUGCAUAUCACCAUUGUACUUUACUAGUCGAUGCGAAUAAAAAACGAAUGUCAGCAGCAUUGCAUAACUUUCAAAAAAAUAUCAUCACCAAUGCUACAAGAAGCACUCCAGCUCCAAUCUUGAAUUUGAGAGAAUUGAAUCCAUCUAUCACCAUCGAAAGAUUGAUGACUGUUGUAGGUUUACAAUAUAUGCGAACUAUACCCUCUAUCAAUACCAAACAAAUCGAAAGCGUGAAAGCAAAAGGAUUUCGUUUUGUUUCUCCAGAAGAACGUUAUUUUCCUGGACUGGAUGAAAAAAUUGAAAAUUUCCAAUCGUGGCAGUGGAGAUUUGGUCGGACACCUAAAUUCACUGUUAAAGCAUCUUCAUCGAUGUCUGAGAUUUUUGCGAAGAGUGUAUCAUCAGAACAAACAGAAAUCGAUAUAGAUGUUGAGGCUGGAAUUGUGAAGAAUAUAUCCGUAAAUGUACCCCCAUCAUUUAUUCCAUUCGUGACGAACGAUGAAUUGAAAAAUGUUACCAUGUCGUAUGUAGAACGACAAUAUUCAGACGAUUUGCUAUCAAUAGUCAAAGAACACGUGUUUCAAUUAUUUCGGAACAAAGUGAAUGACCAAAGAUUAUCUAAUGUUCUUUAAUAAAUGUUAUUCGUUGUCGUCAA